AUGCUGAUAUUUCAUAAUGGACCACAAAAAAAAUGGUGGGUGUCACAUCAAGCCGGCCAUUCAAAAGAUGACUCGCUAGUUUUAGCUUCCGACAGUUCACAAGUCCGUCGCAGUCGCCCUCUGUGCUUUACCACCACUUCACAACUUGGUGCGGACAUCUGGGCCGGCAUUAGGCAUCUGACGCGCGAAAUUCAAAACAUGGUUAGAAACCCAGGUGUACGAAAACAACGUGAAGAAGCACAAAUAGAUUGGAUGUUGCAAAGUGAAACUCCUACCCCUCUUUCUUUCUUUCGUUUCGUAGAUGCUUCUGAAAGGUCAAGAUCCAUACAAAGAUAUUCAAAAAUACUAAUGAAAGCAAUAGGUCGCAAAGGAAAUUCAGAUAGGCUUAACUCCGUUCUGGAUAAAUUUAACAAGGGAGGAUACAAAGACGAUUGGGAGAUUUGGAAGAAAGAGAGAACAAAGAGCGUAACGGUGACAAACAUAGUCGAAACGAACUUCGAAGUUCAUGAUAGAUAUAAUUCUACAUUUACUCGAACACUUGGAAAGCGAAAUUCGAACUAUGUGAACCCGGGUUCGUCUAAAAAAGUGAGAUUAUCCCAAGGUAAAGACUCGGAAGAUAAUAAAGACUCGGAUGAAGAAGAAGACUCGGAUGAUGAUGAGCUACUACCUAUGAAGAUCACGGAUAGUGUAACGGUUAGAAGGCUUGCCAAAAUCGGGAAAGGAAUUGCACGAUACAAUGUAGUAUUUCUCCCCGAAACUAACAAAAAUGAUAUCUUGCGUAGAGAAUUUGAUGUUGAGGAGUGGCAAAUUCUUGAAAAUGUAUUUUACAAUAAAGAUAACGAAAUUAGCUUGGAAACCCCACCUCAACUUCAUAAAGUUGAGACUAUUUUGAAUGAUUAUGAUGAAUCAUUGGAGAAAGCUACAGAGGAUAACUUUGUUGAUCUUGAUUCAGUCUUAUUUGUGCCUAGUUAUCAAGGCGAUACAAGUUUCGAAGACACUGGUUGA